AUGGCGGACCCCGCCGCGCCGCCGCUCCGAGCCGCCGGCCCGCAGCCCCCGCCCGCCGCUUCCUUCCGGACCGCGCCGCGGGGCAACCCGGCGGUGGACAGCUUCGAGGCCGAGCUGCGGGGCGCCCUGGGCCUCCUGCGGCGGCUGGGAGGCGCGGGGGCGGGGGAGGCCAAGCCGUCGCAUCACGACCUGCACCGCCGCGGAGCAAAUGCUUUGUUUAACAUUUGGAUCAACUAUAAGUCAAAAAUACCAGAGUGGUAUUACAAUGAAAGACUUGUGCAAGUUGGUGAUUCCCUUGCCCAGAUCAAAGAAUAUAAGUUGGCACUUCUCCACUGCUAUGAAAGAUACCUUCAGCAAUUUGUUUCUGUAAACCUUGAUGAUAUCAUGGAUGAUGUGCAUCAAUUUAAAUCCACCUUUUUUCCAUAUGGUUUCAGAGACAAAAAGGCUGCACUUACGUUCCAUGCUUUGCAAGCAAGAAAUGUUUGCAUUUAUCAGAUGGUUUGCAGCAGAGACAGAAAUCUCCAGAAUCAAGAGUCCCUGCAGACUUGUUUAGAUGUCUUGACCUCGUUACGGCUCACUAUGCAAGUGGCUCUACCUUGGGAGAAUUUGUGUUGGCUUAUCUACAAUGGUACUGUUUAUAUUUACACCAUAUGCAGACAUUUGAUGACGAUAGGUCAGUCUGCUAAGGUUCUGGAGUACUUACUGUGGGCCAGUAUAUGCAUGGAAUCAUCCAUUCCACUCUUAUCUGUACAUUAUUUGACAUGGAGAGCCACCUUAUAUACUGCAGUUUCUCAGUGUUAUUUUGAUUGUCAAGCCAGCAUUCAUGGAGAGGUAUUUGCUCGCCGUGGUCUGGUUAAAAUUGAUGAACUGAAGCAAUUAGAAAAUAUCAGUUCUUCCCCAGAAAAGUCAGAGAGGAGAAAGAUUUUUAAAGAGGCCACUCUAAAGAUGUCAGUAAUGAUUUUCAAAAGAGCAGUAUAUGAAUCCAGAAGAAAGUCGAAAAGCUCUCAACGUGACUCAAGAGUUAGCCCAAAAGAAGCACUGCAUUUGCCAUGGCCUCGCACUAUUACUGAACGGCUGCUGGUGGAAAUGUUUGAUGGUGCUGCAGCUCAGUUCCUUGCCAUCCUGGAAGCACUCUCUGAUAGUAGCAGGAAUGUCUUGCACCCUCAUCCACCUGUUCCCGAUGAAAUUGAAAUUCGUGAUGUCAUUUCAGAGCUGUUUUUUGCAGGCCUAGAAAUCCUCUCGGGUAACAGCUUAAAGAAGCAAAAAGGAGGAGGUGUAGCAAGGAGUGGCACCAGUCAUUUUGGUAACAUUAAUCCAUCAUCAACCCUUCUGCAGUUGAUAGUAACAGGAGAAAAGGGGGUGUCUGGAGAUGCUGCUGUGAAAUUCAUAAAAUUAGCUUUCAGCUAUGAAGAAUGGGAAGUGUUUGAUUCUGCUAUUCAACUUGUUGUUAAUUUUCUUCAGGCUCAAGAUGACCCAACAUGGAAGAAAGCUGAAAUGGAGCUCAAACUUCUUACGUUGAUGCAACCUUUACUAUUUCCAGGAAAAUCUGAAUGUGUUUCUUCUGUUAGUGAAGAUAAUAGCAAAGAAGCUAGCACACCCCAGGGUUCUGAAAAGACACAAACAUUUAGAGAGGGUUCCUUAAAGCAUGGAGAGCCUUAUAACGAUCUUACCAUUUUGGCAACAACAGUGUUUUCCUGUGUUUCCACAUCUCAGCAGAAUGUCCAUCCUGACAAAGAAAUACUUUUUGAUGUAAUAAUGUGUUUGUGGCAGAAGUGUAAAAUGGAACUUCAGCAAAUCCAAACAAGUGGAAGUGACUACUUAGAAUAUAUCCACAAAUACAAAGCUUACCAAUGGGUUCAUAUACUCUGGAUAAUAAAUGAAGUAAUUGAGAAGAGCGGCAUAGCAGACACGAAUGUAAUGUUUGCAGAGAUAACCUUAUGUCUAACUGAAGUAUUGGAAAACAUAGCUAAUUCUAUGAGUGAAUCUAAGAAAAAAGAAGGAGAAAGAAGUGCCUCUCUGUCACAAGAUGAAACCUGUGAUAUCCCUGAAAUACUAAUGAAAACUCCUAUGGAACAAUUACAAAUUGCUUACGAAAGUCUUGAAAAGGCAAUUAAUGGAAUGAAUGCAUCUCGGUUAAUGACCCUUCUACCAGAUGGAAAGUCAAUAUUUGACAACUACUGCACAAAGGUGGACUCAAAUGAUCAGAAUUUGAAUUCUGUUUUGGGAUGUGGUAAUGAUAAAACAGGAACAGAUAAUGGUUUUGUAGCAGAUUUACACCUGGAGCUCAUUCAAGCCCAACAUCGAGUAGCUGUGAAACUUCUUAAAAUUACCCAAGGUGGUGAAGUGGAUGACAGAAGUCUUAAGUCUAGUAAGUCUGAUGUGAAGAAUAAUAAAGAUUUCCACUAUUUAACAGAGGCACUUAUAAUGAAAAAAAUAAAAAGGAAUAAGAUAUCCAGAGCAAUCUUUUUGAUGCAAAAGGCUGCGCAGAAGUUCCCUGAAGAGUUAACUAGUACUUCCCAAAGGCAGCUACUGGAGGCAGCACUAACUUUAAUUGAGCAAGUUGAAGCUGAACAAAGUGCCUUGUAUCACAGUCUCAAAGAAGUUAUGAGCAGCAAGAAAAAAGGCAGAACUCCUCCUCCUCCUCUUUUACUUUCUAGAUCACAUUGUUCCAUGACAUUUAAACCAGCUCCGUUCUCUUCAGAUAUUCAGGUUUCAUGGUACAGUAUUUUUGGCUCUGUAGCAGGAGGAAGGAAUAUGAAAGUAAGGUUAAAUAACAAUAAACUUCCGAAUUCAGGAGAACAGAUACCAGCUGAUGGGAAGAGCCUCUUGGAAAUAAAGGGCUUAGAUGCCAAUGAGAAAUAUGUAUUUGCAGUUGCAGCAUAUUCUUCUGAUGGAAAACUUAUUGGUGAUGCCAUCGGGGAAAUGACUAAGCCAAUCCUUGCUUAUCCACCCCUUUCUGCUACUACUGCUCGAUCUUAUCUAACUCAGGUAGCCUAUCAGACUGGAAACUUUAGGUUAGCCAGAGAAGCAUUUUCACCAGUGUGGGAUUAUUUUGUUUUAAAUUCUUCUCCACUGCCUGCCAAUGCAGCCGUUAUUUCUGCAAGUAGUAAUUUGACUAUAUCUGAAAAAAGGUUACGUUUUGAAGCUGUAUCUCAGACUUCUCCUAUUACCUUGUACCUCUUUCUGAGGAAUAUAUUUGCUGUCUCUGACAUUAGUGUCAUGGAAGGAGCACUCUUCUGUGAUUCCAUCUCUUCCAAUGAGAUAUUUUAUAAGGAACAAGUUGCUAGAUUAGCAGAAUGUGAAACAAUGACUGUGGCAAUUGAACUUAGCAGCUGGUUGAAUGAUGCAAGUUACACCCUGCAGUCUGUUGUACAAUGUUAUGGUCUCCUUGCUCCACUUAUUUAUCACAAGAUUUCUUCAGUGUCAAUAGUUCAGAUUCUCAUUAAGUGCUUGGCUGUCCUCCAAGAAAUUCCAAGUGAUAUUUUGCAGAGGAGACAAGAAGGAUGUUAUGAGAGUAUUCAGCAUAUGAUAGCUUGUACUUCAUUUUAUACAGCAAAGGUACUACGUUCAUGGAAAGAAUAUGAACUUGCAGUAAUUAUCAUUAACUAUGGGAAAAAAUUGUUGGAUUCCUCACCAACAGUCUCACUCUGCCUCUCUGGAGCUAUGAAAACUGAAGAAACACACACUAGCAAAGAAGUAAAAGCCAGUUCUUCAAAGGCGUCCCAUUUAGCUGCAAUGGCAAAAGCAACAGAAAAUCUAAGCACUCUUGAAUCAGAUCUCCUCAGACUGACAGAGCCAGCUCGUGGAUCAGAGCUUACAGGAAAGGAAUAUCCUUUGUUCCUCUACCCUGUAAUUUCAUGUUGGAAAUCAGAUCGUGCUUAUCGAGAAGUGAUUAAAUUCAGAAACCAAUCGCGUUUUCUUGAGUUCUUUGUUCAACUUUUGCAAAAAGUUCUGAAUGAAGAGAAGUUUCAAUGCGUUCUGGAAUGGACAGACAAUGUGCAAGAUUACUUGAAAAGGAGGAAUGACAUCAUUCUAGGUAGUAAUGGAAUUUCAACACAAGAAGCAAGUUCUCUCCCUCUGCAGGAAGGCAAACGCACUACAGGAGUUGAGAAAAAACCAAAGGCAUCAAAGGCAUCACCUUCGAAGAAAUCAACUGCCAGAAAAGAACAGACUCUUAGAGAGUUUUUGAAGAAACAACCAGAUAUAAUGAGUUCUCCAGAAGCACAAAGGAAAGGCAAGGAAAAGUUGCAAAAAGCAGCUCAACAGACCUUAGUGGUACUGCUGGGUGAUUACUUAAAGCGAAGAAGGUUUCGUCACAUGUGUCUUGAAGAGAUGCCCUGGAAGUCCCAGAUGAAUAUCUAUCUAGCAGUUGCGCACUACCACUUAUUUAAAAAGAACCUGGAAGAGCAAUACAAUAUUGGAAUUUGUGGUUCACAGCAUUUGGAGAGUUACAAUAUUUUGGAUCCAGAGAUAUUCUCACUAAACCAUUCUGGCACUGUGAUGGUGAGAGAAGCCACAGAGAGUAACAUGAGAAAACCAACUCCUCCUCUCCUUGAAAAGUUGGAAACGACCGAAAAUCAAACUGAUACAGAUAAAUCUUCUAAGCGCAGAAUUAAACAGAGUCGAACUCCUCAAACUCAAACAACAAAAGAUACAAAAAUAUCAAUCUCUCAUUUCCCAGAAGAGCAGAACCAGUUUCAGUCAAAUACCACUUUAUUGAAGCAUUUUACAGAAAUCUUCUUGCAUUUAAGAAGAGCAAUGAUUCUUGCUCACCGUGGUGGCCACUGGACAUUGCUUCAAAAUGCUUGUCGAGAACUUUGGAACUAUACGCAAGAAUUACAAUUGAUUGCUAACCAGUCACAUUCCCAGAGGGAUACAUUUCCCAUUACCUGGACUUUUCUUAGGAACACCAUCUGGUUGCCAUUUUAUUUGGCAUCAGACAUGAUGAUUGAUAUGAUAACUGAACUACAAGCAAGCAGUUCUCUUAAGAUUGUGGAACCCGAGGGAGACUUCUGCAUUCCCAGUUGUUUAGGAGGUAUUAUGGAUGAGAAUGGUGGUUCGAAUCUUAAUCCACAGCCUCCUCUGGAUGACGUGAAUGUGGUUGACUUGAAAUGGAUAUGUAAUCUGAUUCUUAAAACGAUAGAAUUGUUAUAUCAAAUGAAGAAGUGGGAAGCACUUGUACACAUAACUGUUCAAUUUAAUAUAUUUACACAUGAGAGAUAUACAGAGCAAGUGAGUCCACUGCUGGUGUAUGCUCAGAGGCAGCUGCUGGAAAGAAUACAGCAAAUCAGUGGCCCAGACAGCCAUGAAUCUCAUUUGAUACAAUACCUAUCUGAUACUGCACAUAAGAUGAGUUGCAGAAACUAUAUAGGACACAAAUUACAGCUACCUGUUGCCCGUUCAGCUAGUGAAGACAUUUUUCCUGGAUCCUUUUUCUAUCCUGAGAUGAAAAAUGAUUCUACAGAUCACAGCCAGGCAAAAGCCCUAGUUUGUGUGCCUCUUGAUGUGAAUGAUACACUGAGAUGUUUUAGAGAAACUCUACAAAAAUCUAAAUAUCACAGCAGAGCACUAAGACACAGCAGAAAACUACUUUCAUUAUUUCUUGCACACACACAAGAAAAUGAUGGAAAAGCAAUCAGCAGUCAUAUCUCUUCAAAGAAAAAGCUGAAAUUUAACGUGGGAGCUGAACUGAUAUUUCUACCAACACCAUGUGAUCUUUCUCAAGAAAAAUUUAAUUUCUCCAGUAUGGUUGAGAGUAAACCAAUACCACAGUCACAGUUUUCAGUAAUUAUCUCUUCCUAUGAACAAACAAUAGGAAUCCUUGAAACGAAUAAGCAGAGAGACCUCAAGGUACAGGCUGUACAUGAACUUGGAAAUCUUCACUUUUAUGCUGGAAACAAAAGAGCUGCUUUUAAAUAUUGGAGUCAAGCCCUUGAUGAAACACUCAACAUUGCUGAUGCUCUUAACAACUGGCAAGAGUUAGGUUUACCAAAAGAUGCUACAGACUGCUUUGCAGUUGGAAGAUGGACUGAUAUGAGUCAGAAAUUUCUUUCUCAGGCUGGAGUUUGGGGUUGUUUACAUGCAGCAGUCUUAGUGGCUAAGAUAGCUCAAUAUAUAACAACAGCACAGAUGAGAUUAAGAACAAAAUACUGCUAUUUUUCUGCUAUACUUUUUAAGACCCUGUUUAGAACUUCUCUUCCACAUCCAACAUCUGAUUGUGACUUUGUACAAUAUGAAACAAAUAUUCUUAUUCCUGGUAUUGACCUGUUCUCUGAUCGCUACAGAGCUGAUAUCUCUACUGUAGUUGCAAGUCUGGAUUUCCUUAUGUUUGAACUACAUUGUGCAAAACAAAAUUUAAUAAUUUUACCACUGUUCACAUUAUACCAAUAUAUUGUUUCUGAGAUUUGUAAGGACCCAGCUAAAUGUAUUGAAGGGAGAAUCUUCAAGAUUAAAGUACUUACAGAUAUAGGAUUUUUUACAGAGGCCUUUCAUGAACUAUCUUUGCUUAACUAUGGAGAGAGAAUUCCAUGGAAAAUACCUGAAGGAUACAGAACAACUGAACAAGUGAAGGCAUUACAGAAAUUUGACUCCUCAAAAUCUCUCAUGACUGUUACAAAUUUGCAGGUACUGGAAGACAUAUUUAAUUGGAGUCUAUCUUUAACAAUGGCGCCACUGUGCAACCAACAAAUUAUGAAUAAAUUAACCUUAGUCAAAAUGCAUUUCAUUAUUUGUCUUUCUGCCACAAUAAAUAAUAUACCUGCAAAAGUUGAAAAACAUGUAUAUUCUGGUGACGACAACAGCUUGAUGGAGCCAAGCAAAACUGCAGCAUCAAAAAUAAAAGUUGAUGCUGAUCAGAAUUCAAGACAAAAGGAACAAAGAGACACCAUGGUGCAGCUUGUUGACUGUAAAGAUGAAUUAAAUAUGGCCAUGCUGAAGGGGAUUUUAUUGACAGAAGCUGAAGAAAGUCUUAGCCAUCUUGUACAGAACAUACAGGAAAAAUAUGAUGGGAACACAUCUCGGUAUUCUGCAGAAGAUUUAGAGGCUCUUAUUGAGGCCAAACUUGAGCUUGCUUAUAUUUCUCAGCAAAGGCAUCAAGCAGCUUUCAGUGUUGCUUUGGCUUUCUCUGCAAUUCGACUUCUCCAAGAUGCAAAGAUUUUUAGGAUGGAAGUGACACAUUUUCAAGAAGAAAAGGAUGAACGGGAGUGUUUGGACUCCAAAACUGAAGAUGUUUGGCUGCCUCGUAGUGAAAUAGCACGAGACCAUAUGAAUGUGCGCUUGUGGCUGAGGUGUCGUAUGAUGUUAGUGACUGCACUGGUAGCACAGAUACAUGGUGUUGGUAAUAUGAAAGAAAAUGAUGUGGGUGAGCGCAGAAGUGUGAUAAAAGAAGUAAUACUAGAGGCAGAAGCCUUUGGUGAUAUUGAGACUCAGGCUGAAAUUAUGGUACAAGCUGCUAUUCUUGACCUGCAAGACAAACGUCCCAUGGAAGGCAUUAAACUUCUUUUGCAGAAUAUCAUCGGUUUACUCCAAGAGGAUACAUUCAUUUCCCCUCCAGCUUCUUUGACUCUUGUGAAAAGUAUGCUUCUGCUGGCAGACAUACUACCACUGCAAAUAGUAGAGGAUACAGAACAUUGCUCUUCUUCAGUGGAACCAUUAAACUUACUUGUUUUGGCACAUGAGCUUACGAUUAAAGCAAUUCUUGCUUGUGGCCAACCCAUUGAACGACAAACAGAAGAUAGUACAUUGACUUGCCUGGUCUUACCUACAAAAAAUAUCUACCUGCCACAUAUUAACUUGCUAGCCCAAGUCAAAAUGAAAAUUGGACACACAUUAGCUGAAAAAGUAGCUUGUACAGCUGCAAGAGGAGAUCCGUUGCAAUGGCUACAUGCUCUCAGACAAUUAGAAUCAGCAUUGAAACUUUGCAGAGCAUCUGCAACCAAAAAAUUAGACAUGGAAGCUGAACUCCUUUUUCAGAUAGGUAAGGUAGAACGCCAGAUAACUGAAGCAGGCAAUAACAAGUUAUCUCAAGCUGUUGAAAACCUGUCGGAAGCUAUAAAAAUCAGCCAGCAACAUGAUCAAAAAUAUGAGUUAAUAAGACGGUCAUACCUUGAAAUAGCACUAUUAUAUUUGCAUUUUGCCACAAAUAAUGAGGCUGUAUCACAGACAGAUGAGAUGGUGCCUUCCAAAUCAAGUAACUCUUCUGGAGAACUCUAUUCUCCUGAGGAGGCUUUGAAAUCAGAAGUCUACAAAGGACAAGCCUGGAUUGCAAUAAGAGCUGCUACAAAGGUCAGUGAAGCUGUGCUUGCUUCUCAGCUAUUAAUUGGAAUGAAGAGCGUUAAAGAACACAGCAUAAAGGAUGAAGUGCAACAGAAAAUCCCGGAAUUUGCUUCUAUGGAUCUUCUUUCUUCAUACAGAGAUUUCUUAUGUGAUGGAUACAAUGUUGUCUCUGAAAGUCCCAAAGCAUCUUCUACUGAAAACAACCAAAUCACAGAAGACAAGCAGAGUGAAAGUGAAGGAACAGAAAGUCUUGCCACCAAGGCCAGUGAGAAGAAAGAUGUGAUAACAUGGGUUCACCUAAUUCGCUACCACAGUUAUUUAAAAAGGCUUUCUAACACAAACCUUCAAUUUGCUGCCCCUAACUCAGGACCUGGAUCACUUUCUGCAAGAGAUGGACACCUUAGUUUUGUUUCUGACACAGGAAUUGUUCUACGCAUAGCAGAAAUGCGUUCCUUUCUUAAAGAAAAUUUGUUUGAAUAUUCAAUAUGUUGUCUUGAAAAUUUUCCAGAAGAGCUACAUGACAUAGAAUUGCCACUCAGUAGGCCAGCUGAUUCUUCAGAGAUUUCUCUUGAAGUUACAGAAAUGACAUCAGAAGUGUCACAUGUGAGGAUAGCUUCUCCAGUUUCUGUCAUCGCAGAAGACAGUCACAUUGAGAGUAGGGCAGCAAAUGCUUCAAAUAAGGAAAUUAACAUUCAGUGGUACAUUUCUUCUAUGGCAAAGCCAUCAAAUGAUACAGAAACUAAGGUUUUGCUACUUUAUGCUUAUAAUACACAGCCUGUCAAGAUUAGCAACAUCAAGAUUUUCAGUCCAAUGUCUGUGUUUUCAGGCCACUUGUGGAUUCCAUUGGCUAGAAUUAUUUCUUUACGGAAGAAACUGUCUAAUCUGAAGGAGCAAGUUAAAAUAUUGAUGCAAAGUUCUAAAAGUUUGUCAUCAGCUUUAGAAUCUACAGGUUUUCUUGAACAGAGUGAAAUUUUGGAGAUAAGUCCUUCAAAAAACUCCCAAAUGAGUGUUGCAAAAGUGCAUCUUGAUGAAAAAACAGAAGAAAUGGCUAAAAGGUGUUUAUCUGAAGUCAAAGCAUUGCUGUCUGUUGUUCCAGCCCUGUCCUCACCAUUAACUGAGAUCCCAUUUGAUGUUACUUUGCAAUCAAUAGCAAGUUUGGAAGACAUGUUUGAUCCUGCCAAAGGAUGUAUAAUAACUGAAGAAAAUCUUUUCAAUUGGAUCAUUUCUCUGCUUCACUAAAUUCUCUUUUGCAGUAACAAUAAUUCGCUGAGUGCUAUAGAUGUAGGCUUGAUUUCUAAUGUUAGAGAAGCAGCUUUAUUAAUCACAUUUGGCUCCUGAUGUGUUUUAUAAUUUUUAUUUUUCUCUUACUUUUAAAUAUUUAAACCUAAAUAGUUUUGAAAAUUAGGUGUUUAAAAAGUAGUUUCUUAAUAAGAGGAUUUUUUAUCUUUUCAAUAAUUUCUUAUUGUUUAGAAAAGCUGAAUAGGUCUGUAGCCUUCUAGUGCUUGCUAGCAGAUACUCCUUUUUCCCAGAAGUUUUAUUCUCAUCAGCAAUUUUUAAGUUGAUUUUUCAGUUAUCAAAAGUUGGUGUUAGUUAUGAGGUUGAGAAUUUUUUUGGGACCUAAAAUCAUUACUGAGUUUGUUCUUUUAUAUAUCUGUUUGGAAACUAGCAUUUCAGGUUGUUGAGGGUGCAAGUGAUCAUUCAGAUGUCUUUAUAAUUUCAAAGCAUUUUUUGGAAAACAAAACAAAACACAACAACCAAACCAAAAAACUCACAACAAAUAACCUAACCGCCCCAAGCCAGUACAAAGAAUAAAAUGGUACAAUAUAGAACAUUUUUUAUAUAAUUCUAAAAAGCUAAUUAAACCUCUAUGUAUGUUGCUGUAAAUAUUAUUUUAAAGUGCUGAAGAAACACAAAUGAAUCAUAACAAAAGCUACCUGAGGCAAUAUGCUUGUCCAGUGUUAGAGAUGGAGAACCUGACAUGAACAAGUGAGUUAGUUGCACACAAGAGAGUGCUCAUGGCCCUUUGGUUGUGCUCAAAUCUCAAGGCCAGGCACUCCUUCACUAGUUACACUGAUUUGCUUGCAACAAACAGCAAAAAAACCAGGACAUUUGGGCAGAAGACCUGUGAGACUUGUUCUAUCACUAGCUAUGCUUCAAUGCUGCCAUGAAAAUUCAGGACUAAUAGUUACCAUUCCUGGGUUCAUUUUCUGUGAAAAAUGCCAGUCCCUUUUACUUCAGUCAGGCUCUCCCUGUAUUGUAGCCCAAUGAUAAAACAAUAAACUAUUUUGAGCUAUUUGGAAAUUGCAGAUUUACCUUGGCUUGUUCUUUUCAGAAAAAUGUUACCUGGUUGAGUGAAGUUUCUUUGAGGGAGAGAGGGGGAGAGAGAGGUAAGAUUCAGCAUGAUGAGUAUCUUCAAUGUGAUCAGUACAGGAAAAAAUAGGGUGAGGUUUUCUGCUAUUUUUCUCUAUUCCUAUAAAAGAAAGAAGACUGGAUGUAUUUGUGUUACGUGUAGCUUUUAAAAGUUGUGCUAUUUUUUGUGUCGUCUCUUCUGGAAUGCUGUAGGUAGUAGGAAAGUUAGAAGGAUUAUGAUACAAUGAUAAAGAGAAAGCAAAAACUGAGUAAUUGAUAGGGAAGGUAUUUUUGCAAGACAAUUUUAAAACUGAGUUAGUAUGAUUAUUUAACUCAACUGCCUAACAGCCAGUUUGGAGGAGAUGCUCCUUAGCAUUAUUCUUUCAUUAAAAGAGUUUAUUGUUCUCCAGUGCUUCAAAAAGCAAGAAAGAUAAAAUUGACAUUACUCAUUUUUCUAUUUUUUUU